AUGGAUUUUACUUCCUUCUUUUCAAAUACCAUUGUUAUUGACAAGGCUCUUUGGCAAAUUUGGCUUAUGGGGCUUACUGUGGAUAACGCUGUAUCAAUAGCAUUAAGUCAGCAUCGAAAAAGAGCGGUAAUGGCUGGAAAUCAACGACCAGAACAGAGUCAGGUUUCUCACUAUGUCACAACUCAAUAUCGCAAUUUUGAGAUCCUUGAAGGGUUUUUACAUCAUCCGCACCAUUUAACAACUCAGCCCAUCUUUCCACUUCCUCAAUCCACAAAACAGUUUUUAAUUGAUUCAUAUUAUGGGUUUGAUGAAAGAGUGAUUCGUGAGAUUCUGGGCAAGAAGCUGACUUCUCGUGUAAGAAAAGAACUUGAAGAUGUGUGUCAACGGACUCGUGUUCCCAUCAUUGGCUGCAGAAGAAUGUUUGACAAUUUAAAACGUAUUAUCAAGCGAGUAGAAGAUUGCGAUGGGGAUAUGGUGUCUGUGAUCCAGCGCGACUUUGUACUACCGUAUAGUUUAUCGUCUCAGUAUGCCAACAUUAUCUUUAUCAACAACUAUCGCUUUGAUACGUCAAAAAAGCGUUUGGCUCAUUUAAGGUUUUAUGAUUUUGAAUAUGUCGCAUCUAUAUUGAUGACAUAUCUGACAGCAUCACCCAAGACGGUACUUGAAGAAUUUGAUGCAGUACUGACUCAGGAUAGCCGUGAGAUCAAAACAAUUAUUUUCAACUCCAAAGACACGCUUGAGCAGUUUCGUAUAGCCAUGACACUACAUUUGGCAGCUCUUGAUCAACAGCAUAUCAUGGAAAAAGCUGGAGCAAAUGCACUCAAAAUUAUCCUCCGUAAUAUCAUAACACUAGGAGCCAGUCUUUCCAAUAAUCGUGAAAUCAGGGACCUGUUUGCGGCCAUACAAGAAAAGAUUGUAGAUCCAGGUGUAUCGUUUGGAUGGGCUGCAUCAGAUAUGGAUGUAUUUCUUUCAGCAUGUAUAGUAGUUUUUUGUGGAAGUGAUGAUCCAACGUAUGUAGAUUCUGGGGCAAUCAACGAAGCAACACGAAAGCGAUACGGUAAAUCGUUUUCUAGACUUGUUCAUGCUGUCAAACUUUCUGCUGUUCGUUUUCAUUUGGCAGCCAGUGGCUCUCAAUAA